AUGGGUAUUAAUAUUAUGACUCGCGAUCAAGUUCUGGUCAUAAGCACGUUAGAGAACUACCGACAGGCUUGGGAUGGGACUCCUAUUGAUAAGAGUGAUAAGAGGGCCAGGUUGGCCCCUGUGAUCCCUGAAUCGCCUCUUAUCCAACUAGUCCCCCGAGGAGGCAUGCAUGCCGUUCUUGUGACUGGAAAUGAUAACUCUGAAACAAAAAUUGUCCUUGGUGAUUCAAGGAGAUCCUUUGUUCCAAGCUCUUCUACUCUACCUCCUGCUCAGCCCAGCCUUUUAUGCAACAUGCAACUGGCCAGUCUCGAGUUAAUGGGGAAUAUACCUUCUGCUGACCUUCACCGCUCCUCAACUUUGAGUUAUGCUGAUAGGGCGAGAAACACCCUUCAUGGCUUGAUGGCAAUAUGUCCUUUAUCCUUUUGUUCUCGCCUUCCUUUGAAACUUUUUCAUCUUGCUGAUUGUAUUAUUCUUUUAUACAGGCUGCUACCCACAUUAGUACCCUUGCCCCUAAGAACCAACAUAUUAAGGCAUCUUUAG